UGUGCAAAGAGUCUGUAAUCAAGAAACAUAGCGGUAAUUGGGUCUAUACGAAAACUGGUACAGUGCAUAUGUUCCAAAGUUGGGAUCCCUGUGUGUGAUGAAAAGCAAAGCAAGCCCAAACUCCAAUAUUUUAAUUUACUUUUCAAAAAUGAAGUUCAACAGCACUCGAGGUAAAGUUGGUGGCUUAACAUUCGAAGAGGCGAUUUUUAUGGGAUACGCUAACGAUGGUGGACUAUUACUACCUGAAGAGAUACCAAGACUGGACGAGGAUGUCUUUAAGAAAUGGUCACGUCUUUCGUAUGUGGACUUGUGCAUUGAGAUCUGGGGUCUGUUUGUUUCCGAAUCUGAAAUCAGUAAAGAUCAACUUCGAGAUAUUGCCGUCAAAGCUUAUGGUGAGGAUUUCUCAUGUCCAGUUACCAAACUUUCAGAAAGUCUAAACAUCCUUGAACUAUUUCAUGGCAAAACCAAAGCAUUCAAAGACAUACCACUGAUGCUUGUCAGCCAGUUUCUGGAGUUUUUCCUUCGAAGACAAAAGAAAAACCUUACCCUUUUGGUCGGAACAAGUGGAGACACUGGAAGUGCGGCUAUCGAAAGUGUACGGGGAUGCGAACAGAUAGACAUUAUUGUCCUUUUCCCCAAAGGAUAUUGCAACAGGGUGCAAGAACUACAAAUGACCACAGUUUGUGAUGACAAUGUCUAUGUUUUUUCAGUGGAGGGGACAUUAGAUGAUCUUGAUGUUCCUAUAAAAGCAUGCCUUGUUGAUGAAAAGUUUGCUAGUAAACACAAUCUAGGAAGUGUCAAUUCCAUAAAUAUAGGCAGACUCAUAUCACAGGUGGUCUAUUAUUUUUAUGCUUACUUCAAAGUCUGCAGGAAGCUUGGAGAGACAGUUCAAUUUGUCAUACCUACUGGUGCUAUGGGCAAUGUUUCAGGUAUAUUCAURAUUGUAUAUUGUGGGAAAUACUGUAUAUUAAUAGCAGGUGCAGAAUACUAGAGGGAAGAGGGUGGAGGAGGGGGAGAAUGUAGAAAAUGAAGUAGCUAAUAUGUUUAAGGUAUAUUCAUAAUUGUAUAUUGUGGGAAAUAUAUUAAUAGCAAUUGCAGAAUACUAGGGGAGGAGCAGGAGAACCUAUUAAAUGAAGUAGCUCAUA